AUGAAGCCUGAAGAAAUUUCAAAGCAGAAAGAUAUUCUGCAUCAGAUAUCUCAAGCCAGCGAUGCCAUCCGACGAAAGCACAGGAUGUUGAAGUUGGGCAAGGAUACAGCUGAAAAAGCCAUGGAAGAAAUGUUCAAGCCUAUUGAAGAAAAUAUUAAAAAAGAAGAAAAGCCACAGGUUGAAAAAGAAGAGGUUCAAGAACAAGAGAUUGAAAAAUCUUCAUACGCUGAUCCAGAAGAGUACAACAGUUUAAUAUCAAAUGAUGAAAGUUCAUUAAACAACAACACAUCAUUUGCUGUAACCCAACCACCACCAUCAACAAGUACUCCAGCUCGUAAAAAUCCUCCUCUCAUCAAUUAUUUACAACGUUUAAGUAAAAAACAUAAAGAUAAUGAUAUGAGAUAUGGUAUACGCAGAAAACAUGGUGAAUUGUAUAUGGGUGAUUCACCUAUUUCAUUUGCAAAUGAUACAAUAACUGUCAAAGAAAGAAGUUAUCCCAUAACUUCUGGGUUGUUGGAAUUAUUGUUUACAAAAACACCGAAAAAUACGCAUGUCAUGCAAGAUGAUAAGACAAAAUAUUUGGAAAUUAUCCAGAGAACAAAUACUCAUAAGGAAAGUUAUGAUCCAAGUAAAAGUAUUUACAGAGAUUCAACAGACAAGUAUAAGAAAUAUAUUGCUGAUUUUGUUGAAAAGCAUAAUGGUAGAGGACUACCAAAAUUUAUGAUUACCACCAAGACACUUAUGGACUAUGUAUACUGGGAUGAUCCAAAUGAACUAGUUGAUCGUUUGCGACUGCUAAUGGCAUCUCAAGCUGCUGGAAAUCCAAGUCACACGAAUGAAAUCAUGUCAAUUAUUGAAGAGCUUAGGGAGGUUGGGGUUAUAUAUUAA